UGGUUUGUGAAAUAAUCUGUAUUGUAUACCUCACAAGAUGUCUCAAGUAAUUAUCAACGACAACGAAGUUGACAUUGUGAUCGGCGCGCUGCACUCUAACCUCACUCCUUUUAUGAAUGAGUGGAAGUCAAUUUUCUCCCGUUUCCACCUGAUAAUAGUCAAAGAUCCUGCCCUCAAGGAAGAACUCCAAAUUCCCGAAGGAUUUAGCGCAGAUGUCUAUACAAACUCUGAAAUUGAGCGAGUGGUGGGUUCCUCCACUUCUAUUCGCUUCUCUGGUUACGCUUGUAGAUAUUUUGGCUUUCUAGUUUCAAAGAAGAAGUAUGUUGUCUGUAUUGAUGAUGAUUGUGUUCCAGCAAAAGAUGACGCGGGGAAUGUAGUAGAUGCUGUGGCUCAGCAUAUUGUGAACCUCAAGACCCCUGCCACACCUUUCUUCUUUAAUACACUAUAUGAUCCAUUCCGUAAGGGUGCAGAUUUUGUUCGCGGCUACCCAUUUAGCCUCCGAAGUGGGGUUGAUUGUGCUCUGUCGUGUGGACUGUGGCUCAAUCUGGCAGACCUAGAUGCGCCAACACAGGCUCUCAAGCCAACACAGAGGAAUUCAAGAUACGUGGAUGCAGUUCUGACCGUUCCUACGAGAGCCAUGUUGCCAGUGAGUGGAAUCAACAUCGCCUUUAACCGAGAAUUAGUUGGCCCGGCUUUGGUCCCAGCUUUGGUGUUGGCAGGAGAAGGAAAACUCAGGUGGGAAACUGUGGAAGAUAUAUGGUGUGGAUUGUGUGUGAAAAUUGUAUGUGACCACCUAAGCCUCGGUGUGAAAAGUGGGUUGCCGUAUGUUUGGAGAAAUGAAAGAGGCAAUGCCAUAGACAGCUUGAAGAAAGAAUGGGAAGGGGUGAAAUUGAUGGAGGACGUUGUUCCUUUCUUUCAGUCUGUAAAGUUGCCACAAUCAGCUACGACGGCCGAGGACUGCGUGAUCGAGAUGGCAAAAUCAGUGAAGGAACAACUUGGGAAGGUUGAUCCUAUGUUUUUGAAAGCCGCUGAUGCCAUGGCAGAGUGGGUUAAGCUCUGGAAGUCAGUUGGAUCUGCUUGAAGCUCGUGAACUAAUUUUUAGCAUGGUCUGGAGUUGUUUCAUCCAUUAGGAUUUGUAGGAGUGAGUGCAUGUUUAGAGAUUGGUGAUGUGUUUGGCAAAAUCAUUGUGGCACCGUGAUUUUUGUGGAAGCUUUUAAAGUAUAGCUUUUGACAAAAUCGUGGUGCCCAUCGUGAUUCUCUCAAACUCAUUGUUAAUCUAAACGUGCACCAGGUUAUUAUUGCCUUAAUGGCAUAUAUAUUUCGCAAUUUUUAUUUAAACUAAGUGACGUCUACUUUAUUUGUACUCUACCAAGAUUACUUUUUGCGUGACUGAGUUAGAUUGAAGUAAGAAUAAAAUAGUACUUAUUUGGUUUUGUGACAGUUGAAUAAAUGCUGUCUUGUUUAACCAUUUGGUAUUUGAAUAAAAUUCCAAGGUCUUGCUUAUGCUAA